AUGGACUCAGAGAUGAACAUGUUGCCCGCCUCAUCACUACCAAUGGUACCAGGCCCAGAUACCUUCUACCAAGCUCCUCCAGAUUCCUUCAUGUCAAGAUCUUCAACCUCAAUCUCUAAACCACAAUUCCAACUUCCCUUACCCUUACACAGACACGAUGCUCUGACCCCCGGAAAGGAACUAAAGAGCGACAGAGUCACAAAGGGAGUCCUUGGACUCAAUUUUCGCCCAGGAGUCGAAAUCGAAAACGGAGAUAGGAAUUUGACUUCUGAACCGAGUGCGAGUACGAGUCCAACCUCUGAUCCAACAAAUGCGCGUUUGAAUACGAAUCAUCUUCGUGGAUUUCAUUGGACUUGUUGCAAUAAGAUUAUUGAAAAGACCACGGUUUUGGGCACUAUGAGAGGUAUGAUGGAGAGUGCUGUCAAGGGACUGUGUAAGAGAAAAAAUUCACCUGCGGAAAACAAGUGUGGAGAGUGCGGACACUUGGUUUGUAGAGACUGUGAGAAGGCUGCCGAGUGCGUGUAG